GACACGUUUGCCUUGUUACUAAGUUUAAAAAGGCACAAACCCAAAGCUGGCGAAAUCAGGAACAAAAUCAAGAGAAUUCGAAAGCUAAUCCGAGGUAUCAGCCAUGGCGUCGCCACCACCGUCAUAUCCUAGUGCUGCGAGAAUCUCCGACUCUCCUUGCUUUCCUCAAUAUACUGCUUCUCUUAAAUGUCUUGAGGAAUUUAGCACUGACAAAAGCAAAUGCCAAGAACAUUUUGAUGUUUACAAGGAGUGCAAGAAAAAGGAGAGGGAAGCUCGACUUGAACGGAACAAGACUCGGUCUUUGUUCUCAUGAACUUUCUUUUGCUACUCACAUUCCAUUAGUUCGGACUGGAGAUGAAAUCACCAUUUAUGGAGUUAAAUUAUACCAAAAAAUAAAUAAAUAACAAAACACCUUGAAGAGUAGAACACAUGGGAAAAGAGCCUUCCUUUGAAUUUUUUGUCCUCUUUUUCUAUCUAUUAAUAUUGUCAUUUGUCAUGCCCUGUUAAACAUACCAGCUUCAUUUAAAUACUACCCAUGCCAAUCAAAUUAUACUAAAUUCAAGGGAAUGUAAAUCCGUUCACUACUAGUACCAAUAAAUAAAAAAUAAAAGGUUUCAAAUUUGACA